UGCCGACAGAGAGUUGCGCUACUGUAUGUACUGUGGUAAAAUCUGUCGCUUCCGUUCGUCCACUUCCUGUAUGGCUGGCCAUGUGCUUGACAGCAUACGCACACGCGUGAAAAAUGAAGCGAAGUAAUCCAGAUCAGUUAAUUCCACGAAAACGAAAGCGAGUGAGCCGCGAGACAGAGACGACGGAAUCACCCAAGGAAUUCAACUUGAAGGAAUUAUCGAAAAAACACAUUUUGCAAUGUAUUUCUGCAAUUUUUCAUUUGACUCUGGAACAGUUAAAAGAGAAAAACAGCCUUCUCGCCGAGGAGGCACAGCCAGUAUUCAUGCAAGUCACCAGCGUCAGAAUCCCACAGAUGCCUCGCAGAUGGAUGAGAAUAUUGCUGCCACAUUCAAUAGUUGCAUCAGAUGAUGAAGUGGCUUUAUUUGUCUGCGAUUUGGAAAAAGGAAGGAGAAAAGAUUAUGAACCAACGGUGGAACAUUAUAAAAAUUUAUUACAAAAGCAUGGGUGUACUCGCGUGAAUGAAAUAAUACCUAUGAAUCAAGUAAAAACUGAAUUUAGUCAAUUUGAAUUGAAGAAAAAACUCAUAGGCAGCUAUGACCAUUUUCUUGUUGAUGGUCGUAUUGCUGGUCACAUGUCUCAUUUACUAGGAAAGCAGUUUUUCAAGAAGCGGAAGUUGCCAAUCUCAAUUAGGAUAGAUAGCAAAGAUUUGAAACAUGAGAUUGAUUAUGCAUUGAGAAAGACUAGUAUGCAAAUUCAUUCUGAUGGUGAUACUCAUUUAAUGCAAAUAGGAAAUACAGCUAUGAAUGAAAAGGAUGUUCUUAAAAAUAUACUGGUUGCCUGUAAAAAGCUAUCUAAAGAUUAUCCUGGGGGAUGGGCAAACAUACAAGCUCUCCGAUUAAAAACUAAGAGUAGUCUAGCAUUGCCUUUUUAUAUGACGUUAAAAAAUAAAAAUACAGUUAAUCCACGUACGAUCAUGAUACAACCGAAAAGACCAAAAGCUUACCGUGAUGUGGAGGGAGAACUUUCAACGGUUACGGGUGCUGCCACAGUCAUAGUUAAACCUGAGGGUGAUGUUAUUGUCAAAAAAUUUAGGAAAUCAAAAGGAAAACUCAUGAAAAAAGAUGCUGAGAAUUAGGACACAGAACUAUUCUGUUAUUACAUUAUAAUUUGUAAAAAGAACAAUCAUAAAAAUUAUUUUUCUAAAUAGUAAUAGGUAAUUUUAUGUAUACUAUUUAAUAUCAAUUUAAUUAACAUUAAAUAUCACAUCUUCAUCAUUGUUCUUGUGGCUCUACCUUUUCAUAUACAGAAAUAAUUAAUAUAAAUUAUUCUUAUGCUAUUUUAAGUUUGUUUAGUUUGGCUUUUUUUUUAUUGCCUAAUGCUUUAUUGCUUGAAAGAUAUAUUCCUUAUCGUUAAUAAAUAAAAAUAAUUAAUAUUGC